AUGGUCAAAUUUGUCGAGUCUGACUCGUCGGGCCUUCCUCUGAAGCGGAAACAGGUGUCUCAAGCCUGCCUUUCAUGCCGGAGAAGGAAAAAGCGAUGUGUGCACGAGGGACAGUAUAGCUCCGAGGGCACGGCUCAGCUGCAGGAUUCGGUAUCUCCGCCCCGGCCGGGUCAGCACCCGGUCUCACUUGCGACCACCGUGUCCAAGAUCUCGCCUGCCAACUCGUGGCCCUCGGAAUCUCCACGGAGCCAAGAGAAUCGCACCUCGCGCUUUGUUGGCGACUUGAACCCAGAACACCUGCUCAUCGAAGCUACAAGCCCACACUCAAGCCGCGACUUGUCGGUAAGAGGGGGCAUUGGAGUAUGGCAAAUCAAACGAGGAGAGACCUCGAAUGCGACAUUGCCACCCUCUGCUCAACCCGGACCGAACCAGACUCUAAACGAAAUCCUAGUUUCUCAUGCCAAGUCCAGAUGUUUGCCCUGCGUUCCCCCGCCUGCCACCUGGACAGCUUUGAGCCAGAUCUACAUCGAAAGGCUAGACCCCCUCUUUCCUGUUGUCAGUAAUUACACGGCAGAACUUCCAGACAACUCUGUCUCGGCUAUUGUGGUCAAACAAGCCAUAUGCCUGGCAGCAUCUGCCGAUCCCGAUGCAGCCGCCCAUCUUCGGUUGCGACCCCAUGGGCCUGUGGUUAGCCGGUACGAAUUCUGUGGCACGCUCUCUGCAGCCAUCCAGGGAACACUUGAUGCUGGCCUCAUCACAGAUCGUAUAUGGCUCAUCCGUAUUCUACUGUUAUUCUCCAUGCAUGUACAGCCCUCCAGCUCUGAAGAAGCAGAUCUCCCGACAUCUGUUUUUGCCAAAGCCGUCCAUCAUAUGCAUACACUUGGCCUUCACAUCGGAUUCAGCAAGGAAGAUGCCGACUACGAGCAGAUUCAGACUUUGUUCUGCUGCAUAUGGGCUUUGGACCGACUCAAUGCUGCUCUCUACGGCCGAGCUUGUCUAAUCCACGAAAGGGACAUCGGCUGGGAUUUCAACGAAUGCAUUGAACAGCAACCUCCUCCCUUUCGACUUUACCUGAUGGUUACUCAACUCUUGAACCAAGUCAUUGGCCUAUAUCGUCCAGGCAAGAACCCGAUAGAGGAGCCGAUGGUCAUUGACCUGCCCAUAUCGGAGCAGCUGAUACUCGAUGCUGACGCUAUAAAGGUAGCCAGCCCCCUGCUAGCAACUAUCGAGAUAUUAUACCAUUCGGUAUCGAUACUUUCGUGUAGAUAUCCACCUGGUGGCAGCCCCGGCUCUACGGUUCUCCCUCCCCGUGGGACCAACAGUCGCCGGUCACUUUCGGCAGACCGAGUUACCGACAUCAUCCAGGAGGAGUUUCCCGGACAGAUUUCAUACAUGCCCCUGAUACCAUACGCCGUUUCCCUGUCGCUGAGCGUGUCCUAUCGAAAGAUGCGGUACAGCAGCGUGCCUAUGUUCCGCCUUCGCGGCAGACGUGCAUUCGCAGCCAAUACGGCUCUACUGAAGAAGCUUGGCGACACAUUCUUCACCGCGAAGACGAUGGCAACCAUGGCGGAACAGGUGCUCCAGGAGAUGGACAAGGCGGUGGUAUCGAUAACCCAAGAGACAAGUACAGUGGACAACAGCACACCGGAAAAGGAAAAACCCCAGUCAGAGGCUCAGCCUUCCACAGAGCCGAUGAAUAUGAAUCCCGCAGCCCGGAGUUUUCGAGCCAAUCCUCUUGUGCAUGACAACGGUAUGAACGGUACGUCGAUUUUUUUCGCAGCUCCCGAGCUCGACGUCUUUGGACAUUUUGAUCCAUCCUUCAAUCUUGGCGCAGUGGAUGCUGCCCUCGAAGCAAAUCUCGACUUUGGGACUUCCUCCAACUGGUAUGACUGGCAACAGACCUGGGGAUGA